GCCCGCUGGGUCCCGUGACGCCCGUAGGAGCGCGCGGGUCACGAGUGCCCGCGCGGCCGGUGGCGGCGACAUGGCCUCGGAGCGGGAGGUGCGCGCCCGGCUGCAGCGCGCGGGCCAGGAACACCUGCUGCGCUUCUGCGCCGAGCUGCCGCCGGGGCCCCGCGCCGCGCUCCUGGCCGAGCUGGGGGCGCUGGAGCCGGAGGCGCUGCGCGAGCACUGCCGGCGCGCCGCUGCGGCCUGCGCGCACCCCCCGGGGCCGCCGCCCGACCUGGCCGCGCGCCUGCGGCCCCUGCCCCCCGAGAGCGUGGGCAGCGCGAGCCGGUGCGACCCGGAGAUGCGGCGACUCUGGGAGGAGGAAGGUUUCCGCCAGAUCUCCCUGAACAAGGUGGCCGUGCUGCUGCUGGCCGGGGGGCAGGGCACCCGCCUGGGCGUGACCUACCCCAAAGGCAUGUACGAGGUGGGGCUGCCGAGCGGGAAGACCCUGUAUCAGCUGCAGGCGGAACGGAUUCGGCGGGUGGAGCAGCUGGCUGGCCAGCGCCACGGGACCCGCUGCAUCGUCCCCUGGUACAUCAUGACCAGUGAGUUCACACUGGGGCCCACGGCCAAGUUCUUCAGGGAGCAUGACUUCUUCCACCUGGAUCCCAGCAACGUGAUCAUGUUUGAGCAGCACAUGCUGCCGGCAGUGACCUUCGACGGCAAGGCCAUCCUGGAGCAGAAAGACAAAGUUGCCAUGGCCCCAGAUGGCAACGGGGGGCUGUACUGUGCCCUGUCAGACCACCAGAUUCUCGAGGACAUGGAGCGUCGGGGAGUGGAGUUCGUGCACGUGUACUGUGUGGACAACAUCCUCGUGCGGCUGGCUGACCCCGUCUUCAUCGGCUUCUGCGUGCUUCGGGGCGCAGACUGCGGGGCGAAGGUGGUGGAAAAGGCGUACCCAGAGGAGCCGGUGGGUGUGGUGUGCCAGGUGGACGGGGUCCCUCAGGUGGUGGAGUACAGCGAGAUCAGCCCCGAGACUGCGCAGCUGCGCGGGCCCGACGGGAGUCUGCUCUACCGCCUGGGCAACAUCUGCAACCACUUCUUCACGCGAGACUUCCUCCGGAUGGUCAGCAGCGAGUUUGAGCCCUUGCUGAAGCCACACGUGGCUGUGAAGAAGGUCCCAUACGUGGAUGAGGAGGGAAAUCCGGUAAAGCCGAUAAAACCGAACGGGAUAAAGAUGGAGAAGUUUGUGUUUGAUGUGUUCCAGUUUGCUAAGAGCUUUGUGGCCUUUGAGGUGUCCCGGGAGGAGGAGUUCUCUCCGCUGAAGAACGCAGCCUCAGCUGCCAGGGACAACCCCGCCACCGCCCGGCGUGCCCUGCUCAUGCAGCAUUACCGCUGGGCCCUGCGGGCAGGGGCCCGCUUCCUGGAUGCUGGCGGGGCCCAGCUCCCGGAACUGCCUAGCCCGCCCGGCAGCAGAGAGCCUCCCGCCAUCUGUGAGAUCUCGCCCUUGGUGUCCUAUUCCGGAGAGGGUCUGGAGCCGUACCUGCAAGGCCGGGAGCUCCGGUCCCCACUCAUCCUGGAUGAGACCCAGACCAGUGUCCUGCAGCCCUGACUCACUCCCAGGACUGCAAACCCCAGGGCCUCAGAGGCUCUGCCGGUCCCCCGCAAACCUCAGAAUUGAAGCGUGUGCCUCAGGGGCCUUCUCUCAGCUGCUCCACAGCCAAGCAAGGGGCCCGGACGGAGGAAGGCCCGCCGGGUCAGGGGUCCUGCCCACAGCUGCAGCUCCUCCCCUCCGCAGCUGAACGGCCCUGCCGCCUCCUUCCUACACCCGCUGGAAACACGACUGCGGAACAGCUCGCUUUGAAGGGCGCGGUUUAUUUUAAAUUCCUUACACCUUUACAAGCCGUUUCCAACGCCGCACGGAGGUGGGCGGGGCCGGGGCAGCCGCCCUGGCGCCCCGGGACUCGCCGCUCACAGGAUCGGGGGGCGCCACCGGACCAGGAACGCGAGGAGGGCCGCGCAGGGCUUUCCCCCGGGGGUGCGUCCCCGUGCCCACUGCGCACCCAGGAGGCAGGACGGGCCCUCCCCACCAUGCUGUCCCUCAGGCCACCUUGAGAGCCUCGAAUCCCGGACCAGCCGUCACGCCACUGACUUCUCCACGGAGGACUGCCGGACUCCCGGGUGCGCCCCGGGCUGGGGGCGGGGAGGAGGGCGCCUUUCCAAUAAACUCAGGACGCGCUGAUGCGUCCCCGGCCCGGCGA